GAGUAAGAGAGAUAAUUCUCUCACUCAGACUAGACCAUUGCAUUGAAUGUCUUGGAAGUACUCAGAUUGAUGAGAUGAUCACUCAAUUUUUACACGUGUUGGAAACUAUGAGAAGAAAGAGGCCACGAUGAAAAAAUCCAAUACCCCAAAUCCAGUAUCAAAAGAGGGAUAAUGUCAAUACCAAACGGGACUGGAGAAACGGGCGCAAAGGACUACACCUAUGUACGGGUUUGUGCGUCGACCGUUUCCUUCAUAAUAUUGGCGUUCUUCAACAUCGUCAUUAACUGGACUAUAGUGCGCGAGGAGCGACUUCGGGGCCAUGCGCGCUUUGUGUUAGUUUUUCACCUGUUGAUGUCAGCUCUGGUGUACUUUGGGAUGUGCUCUGUUUUCUACCUCCAGAUUUACCUCCGCGCCAGGCUGGUGGCAUCCAUCUGUGUGGCCAUGGUAACUGUCCUAAUCACCAGCGCGUCCAAUAUACUCCUGACUCUCACUGCUAUGGCGCUGGACCGUUAUUUUGCUGUCUGUCACCCUAUGAAGUACAGUUCUGUCUGGCAUUGGCCCUGGUUAGUUGGACUACUGACGUGGGGGCUCGCGCUGGUUAUUCCCCUCACUCUGCUCCCCAAGACGGAGCUGGACGCAACUGGUCCAAAUGGGGAAUGUGGACGGGAACAGCUGAAGAAAGGUGAACUGAAAAAAAUCUUGCUGAUAUCUGUGUGUACGAUAUUGAUUCUGUACAGUUAUGUAAGGAUACUGUUUGAGGGGCGAAGGUUGGGGGUGAUAAAUCGACGCAAUAGUGUCGGAUGCAAGACCAUCGCCCUACACUUUACUCAACUCGCCGUGUACAUCCUCCCCAACUUUGUGCUAAUAGUUAUCCAGAAACAAGAACACCUUCAGUCGGGGACCAAAGAACUGUCAGCGGUGGUGAGCUUUGCCUUCUUUAGUUUGGCGCAGUGCAUAGCACCAAUCGUCUACGGUUUGCGUAAAGAGGAACUCUUGGAGCAGGUGCAUCGCCGGUUCCCUUGUUGUUCCCGCCACCUGAAAAGCGUUCUCGAGUGGACCGUGCGUGCCACGACGCCUCGUCUGCAUCCACAGCCACGGGAAAGAACAUUGACAUCCCAUACACUCAUCUCACUGGAACUUCCACAGACACCAGUAUAAGGGAAGAGGGAGCCCUCACUACUAACUCAACUACCCCUGUAACAGACCCAUCAGUAUGUCUCCAGUGCUUCAUAGGCUGGGCUAAAUACGUUUUGUACCAGACUGAUACUGCCACCCAAAUGCCAUGGAGACGCACCCAAAUGCCAUGGAGACGCACCCAAAUGCCAUGGAGACGCUGGUGGAAUGGAGGGUGUAGCAACUAGACAUCACAACACAUUUGGGAGCAUAUUGUAUAUCCAUACAGUGUGGAUUCACCCUCUUUUGCUGAUUCAUUCAUACAGUACUUGAAUAUCCAGCAUCUACACAAAGCUGUGAAAGUGCUUCUGUUCUACCCAGGAUGUAGUGACUUUAUAGGAAUGGGUAUCACUAUGAACAUACCGGCCCCAGACCUGUAUUAUGUUAACUGUACAGUGUCAGAGAAGAGUCCAACAAGGUUUUGACUAAUUGGACUGAAAAUAUACCGUACAAAACAGUGGCACAGCCAGAGAUUUGUUGAUGGGUGGGCCAAAAAUAUACACUACCGUUCAAAAGUUUGGGGUCACUUAGAAAUGUCCUUGCUUUUGAAAGAAAAGCACAUUUUUUUGUCCAUUAAAAUA